AUGCGACCCGCGUGCCCGGUCUCGCUGCCACCGCUCGUGAACGUCGCUCGCCUUCUUCCCGACGAGGCCGUUGGUGCUCGCCGCUCUUCGUCCGAGUCGUGCUCCCCGCGAGCUCUGCUGUCGCUCAGCUUGGCGGAGAAGGGACACGUAGCAGAAGAGAGCAGCUCAGCUACGCUCUGCGACUACGACGGGCAGAAGGAGCUGGAAGCCAGACGGGACGGGUGGAUCACGGCAACCCAGUGGAAGCUGUUCUUCAGCUGCCGCGGCUACGACUCGCGAGCUGAGCAGGCGCCCUAUCGGAGACAUCAGCUACAGACUGACGGCGCCGUCUCCGGGAUUCGCUGUGGCUACGAUCCGCAGGCUAGAGGAGUUCACCGGGUGGUCCAGGCGCUUCGAUCACCCCACCGUACUGACCCCCUGACCAGCUCGUCCAAUCCAGGAGAGGUUCUCGAUCUUCAGAUCGGAAGCGAUGACGAUGACGUUCUCGACGAAGUCAAGUCUCGCACGUCUUCAGCGAAACCCGAAGCGCCGCGUCCACAUUCACUAACUGCAGCAUGUGCGGCGCCCCCGCUUGACGCACCAUCAGAGGCCGUCCCCACGUCGCAGCUCGAGGACCACGACAGCACCGGCGCUGCUUCGUCCUCACUCGAGCGCCAGGCGAGGAGAGCUGGCAGCGAUCGCCUUGGAUAUCCCGACCUGCGAGAUAAAUUGAAUCUCCUCGGGUGCCGCCGACGACGGAAGCCGCAGCGCCAGCGAUCGUGCUCCUACAGCGAUCUCCGCACCAAGCUGAGCGACAACAGAGCUCGCGGGGAGCACGACUCGGACGAUGAGCGGCGAGCACCAACGGCCUCGUCGGGAAGAAGGCGAGCGUCGUUCACGAGUGGCGGCAGCAAGACCGGACACGCGGGUCGCAUAAAUGCGCGUCAAGGAAUUGCCCUUCGAAGGAAGGCAUACGUAGACCUGGACCGCCCUGCAGAGGAAGACGCGGAGAAGAGACACGUAGCAAAAGAGAACAGCCCAGCUACGCUCUGCGACUACGACGGGCAGAAGGAGCUGGAGGCCAGACGGGACGGGUGGACAACGGCGACCAAGUGGAAUCUGUUCUUCAGCUGCCGCGGCUACGACCCGCAAGCUGAGCGGCCGCCCCAUCGGAAUCAUCAGCUGCAGGUUUACGGCGCCGUCUCUGGGACUCCCUGUGGCUACGAUCCGCAGGCUAGCGGAGUUCACCGGGCGAUCCAGACGCCUCGAUCGCCGCACCGUACUGACCCCCUGACCAGGUCAACCGGGGGCCGAACGUCGACACAGCGACGUCGGGCCCAACGACGUGUCAUCGGAAGCAGCGACGACGAGAUGACGUCGGUGGACUCAAUCUCGUCUAAUCCAGGAGACGUCAUCGAUCUUGAGAUGGGAAGCGAUGACCAUGACGUUCUCGGCGAAGUCAAGUCUCGCACGCCUUCGGCGAAACCCGCAGCGCCGCGUCCACAUUCACUAACUGCAGCAUGUGCCGCGCCCCCGCUUGACGCACCAUCAGAGGCCGUCCCCACGUCACACCUCGAGGACCACGACAGCACCGGCGGUGCUUCGUCCUCACUCGAGCGCCAGGCGAGGGAAGCUGGCAGCGAUCGCCUUGGAUAUUCGGACCUGCGAGAUAAAUUAAAACUCCUCAGGUGCCGCCGACGACGGAAGCCGCAGCGCCAGCGAUCGCGCUUCCACGGCGAUCUCCGCACCAAGCUGAGCGACAGCAGAGCUCGCCGGGAGCAAGACUCGGACGAAGAGCGGCGAGCACCAACGACCUCGUCGGGAAGAAGGCGAGCAGCGUUCACGAGCGGGUACAGCGAGGCCGGACACGCGGGUCGCAGAAAUGCGCGUCAAGGAAUGGCCCGGCGAAGGAAGGCCUACGUAGACCUGGACCGCCCUGCAGAGGAAGACGUGGGUGACGUCGACGGUGCGGGGCCUUUUCAUGACCUCACCGCUUCUUAUUAUCGGCGUGCACACAUAUAA